GCGGACAGAGCCGGCGCGCCAUUGACGUCACCGCCGCCGACCGCUUUCCGGGAGGCAGGAGUGGAAGGCCCGCAAGUUGGUCAUAAUGGCAGGCGAAGAAAUGAAUGAAGACUAUCCAGUAGAGAUUCAUGAGUAUUUAUCAACAUUUGAGAAUUCCAUUGGUGCUGUGGAUGAGAUGCUAAAGACCAUGAUGUCUGUUUCUAGAAAUGAGUUGUUGCAGAAGUUGGACCCACUUGAACAGGCAAAAGUGGAUUUAGUUUCUGCUUACACAUUAAAUUCAAUGUUUUGGGUUUACUUGGCAACUCAGGGAAUUAAUCCUAAGGAACAUCCAGUAAAGCAGGAAUUGGAAAGAAUCAGAGUGUACAUGAACAGAGUCAAGGAAAUAACAGACAAGAAAAAGGCUGGCAAGCUGGACAGAGGUGCAGCCUCAAGAUUCGUUAAGAAUGCUCUCUGGGAACCAAAACCUAAAAAUGCAUCCAAAGUUGCCAAUAAGGGAAAAAGUAAAAAUUGACCUUUUGGUUUUGGUGUACAGAUAUUCAAAAAGUACAUCAUUUUUUUAUUGUUUUUCACAAAAUAGUUGAUGAUGAUGAUGUGGUUUAAAUGUAUUUAUUCCUUAUUGAAUUCUUAUAUAAAAUUGACAUUUUAAACCUGUAUUGCUAAAUACUUUUUCCCCCAGAAAGAUUGUUAUCUUUAUUGGUUUUCUUAUAGAACACCAUGCAGUUUUUAACAUUGUGGUAUAUUUUAUAUUUAUAGUUUACCAUCUCUCUUGACAAAGACUUAUUUCCUUAUAUAGGUUGAUCUUUCAAGUGCCACUUUAUAAGCAACUGUGAAAUUUAAGUUAAAUGUUCUUUGUAAACAUUUGUCUAUUUUCAAUGAAUAAUAACUUUAUGAAGUAUGCUAAUGUUAUAAAUACAUGUUUUCACUGUAUAAUAUUAAGAAAGAAUGAAAUGAUGUAAAUGUCCAUUUUAAUCUGUGUAGUUAUUUCAUUAUGCUUUCAUGAUUUUGGGAAUUACUGCUUUUUUGAAAUUUGAAGUACGAAAUUAAGACUUUAAGGUUAUUCUUUAAUUCUUGGCACUUUGCCACUAUAUCCCAUUUGAAGUAAAAUAUACUCUCAUUAACUUUAGAUGGGAAAUGAGGUUGUAUAUUGAUGGCUGAAUUUUGGCAUAAUGGCUGUAUCCAGUCAAUAAAGCUGUAAAUGUUGUA